UUGUAUCUAGGUGAUCUAUUUCGUGGUAAUAAGUGGCCAAGUAAUAACUUUGAUCAAGCUAUCAUAGAUCAGUGCAGAGAAAAAAGAAGAUCGGAAGCCAACCUCGACUUGACACAUAUUGUCCCAAACAGUCUGGAUGUCACUAACGCAAUGAAUAAUAUAACUGAUGCACAUUUACUCAUGGAUUCUAAGCAAUCGCUUGGGCAUUCUCCAUUGCCCUUAACUCCUAGUCUCAGAGGCUCUCGUCAACAACACACAGUUUUGCCACCCCAGUCUUCCGUGUCUCAAUCUAGUUAUUCCGUUGGCUCACCAAGUGUUGUUUCGUGUUCUGGAGUAUCACCCUCUCCUGCUCAAUUAACGCCACAUACAUCUGCCCGUGAGAGGCGACAGCGAGCUGCAAGACCUUCUGGGCGACUGUUGUCGGCGGAUAAUACCGCUUCUUUUCACGAAGAUGGACAUAUGGUUGGGGAAACAGGUUGGUUUCAACCUUCUAACAUUUUCUUAGUUAUCACUGUGAGGUUGAUAUUCUAG